ACCCACGUGCAGGUGACGGUGGUCCGGGCCCGGGGGCUGCGCUGUAAGGGCGGCGGCGGUGGGGGCAAAGCGGGCAGCAGCGACGCGUAUACCAUCAUCCAGCUGGGCCGAGAGAAGUACUGCACUUCGGUGGCCGAGAAAAGCGGCGGCUGCCCCGAAUGGAAGGAGGAAUGCGCCUUCGAGCUGCCGCCCACCGAGCCCGGGGCUGAGGCCGCGGUGCUGCUCACUGUCAUGCACCGCGCCCUGGUGGGCAUGGACCGCUUCUUGGGCAUGGCCCGCGUACCGCUGCGGGCUGCGGGGCUGCAGGGCAGGGCGGCCGAGGAGAGGUGA